AUGAAAGUGAGCAGUAUUGCUUCCCCUGGUCGUGUACUGUUCAACAUUCAGCGAUUUUAUGCUGGGGCUGGUGCCGCAGAUGUCGAAGCCAUAAAGCGAGCCCGUGAAGCAAGGCCGUUUUUGCACAGCGAUGUUACUAUUUGUAAGGUGAAUCCAAAAAAACUACUCAAAAAGCCAGGUCCGGGAGAUACCUUAAAAUUUGGGCAGUUCUUUAGUGAUCAUAUGUUUGAGGUGGACUGGUCAGCCGCAAACGGAUGGAGUAAACCAUCUAUUAACCCUAUUCAUCUGCUAGAUCUACAUCCCGGUUCUAAAUGCCUCCACUACGCAAUCGAGCUUUUCGAAGGCAUGAAGGCGUACCGUGGCGUAGAUGGGAAAAUUCGAUUAUUUCGUCCAGAAAAAAACAUGGAACGUAUGCGACGUAGUGCAUUUCGAAGUGCUCUUCCUGUCAGUCCUAUUUCAACUACUUUACCAAAUGAAGAUAAAAAGUUAAAAAUUAUAAUCAAAACAAGCAGUUGCCUGCAGAUGUGCUGUCAGCUGAACGCUUUUCAGGAUUUUUCCGCGAAAGAACUUCUAGAAAUCAUUAAAGAUCUGGUAAGUUUGGACAGAGAUUGGGUACCAAAAAUGGAUGCAUCGCUAUACAUACGACCCACAAUGAUUGGAACUGAUAAAGCAUUAGGAGUGGGGAUGGCACAUGAAGCGAAGCUCUUCGUUGUUACAGGACCCGUUGGCAUUUACUUUCCGGGUGCUGUAACACUGCUUGCUGAUUCCGAUUAUGUUCGGGCUUUCCGAGGUGGUGUUGGUUGCUACAAAAUGGGAUGCAAUUAUGCGCCAUCAAUUAUGGUAAGCACAAUGGCUAUGUCACGUGGAUGUCAUCAGGUUUUGUGGCUUUAUGGGCCUGAAGAGAAAAUUACUGAAGUUGGCACAAUGAACAUAAUGCUUUUCUGGAAAAAUGAGAAAGGAGAAGAAGAACUAGUAACACCACCUGUGGAUGAUGGACUUAUUUUACCUGGCGUUACGAGAGACAGUCUGCUAAGCUUAGCAAGAAGUUGGAACGAAUUUAAGGUUUCUGAGCGUUACGUUACAAUGAAAGAAAUACGGAACGCCGUCAAGGAAAAAAAGAUGUACGAAAUGUUUGGAGUUGGAACUGCGUGCGUGGUAUCACCGGUUGGGAAAAUUCUUUAUAAAAAUAAAGAUCUUGGUGACUACGAAGAGCUUCCCAUCCCAACAGACACUCAUAAGCCAAACCUUAUGCAACGUCUUUUUCAAACCAUUACUGGCAUUCAGUUUGGUAAAAUUGAAAAACCUGAAUGGACUCCUAUCGUCUGCUAA